AUGAUGCACCCUUCACGACAAGCCUACGUCGAGGAGGCAAUGGACGAGGAUCGAGGUAUCGCGCUGGAGGACGUCCCCGUCGACCACGACUACGAGAUUCCCUCCGCAUUUGCCGGCGCCGCGCCUGAGAAGACGUCGGCCGUCCUGGCGCAGAUGGAGAGGAAGAAGCUGGCGGCGAGUAUCGCGGUGCCCACGGACGACAACCGGGUGCGCACAAGGCUCAGAGAGAUGGGCGAGCCGAUCACGCUCUUUGGCGAGGGCAAGCCCGAACGCAGAGACCGCCUCCGGAACCUGCUGGUUACCCAGCUGCUGGCCAACCAGCAGGAGAUGGAUGGCAUCGAGAACGGCGACAUCACAAUGGAGGACGCCGAGGAUGAGGACGAGGACGAGCAGGACGAGGAGUUUUACACACCCGGCGGCCAGGCCCUGCUGCAGGCACGCAUCGAUAUCGCAAAGUACUCCCUGCCGAGGGCGCGGCGGCGGGUGCAGUUUCAAAAGGCCGAGUCUACGAUCCCGUUGCGUACACACGUCAAGUUCCGGAAACAGAUCAAGGAGAAGCUGGAUGGCUUCGAGCUCCAGGGCAGUCAGACGGCCGGCGAGAGACACGUCAGCAUGACGAGAUUAUCGCCAAACGGAGAGCUCGUUGCCGUGGGGAACUGGGGCGGAGCGCUCAAGCUCAUUGAGAUCCCGAGCAUGGAGGCCAAGAUGAAUCUCCGAGGACACACACAAAAGAUUAGCGGUAUCUCAUGGUAUCCGGGGUCCACGCUACCCGAGGCCAACGUGUCACCCGAUACCGUGAACCUCGCUUCCGGCGGAGCUGAGGGCUUGGUCCACCUGUGGUCUCUGAACAAAGAUACCCCCCUUUCGACCCUGACGGGCCACGGCGGCAGGGUAUCUCGCGUCGAGUUCCACCCUUCCGGCCGAUAUCUGGCAUCGGCCUCAGACGACACGACGUGGAGGCUCUGGGACGUGGAAACGACGGCGGAGCUACUGCUGCAAGAGGGCCAUUCCAGGGGCGUCUACGCCGUCAGCUUCAACGCCGACGGCUCCCUCCUGGCCAGCGCGGGCCUGGACAGCAUCGGCCGCAUCUGGGAUCUGCGGUCCGGCAGGACGGUCAUGAUUCUCGACGAGCACAUCCAGCCCAUCUACGCGCUCGACUGGGGUUCCGACGGCCACAGGGUGCUGUCGGGCUCGGCCGACGGCUGGGUAAAGUGCUGGGACGUGCGCAAGGUGCAGCGGACGGCGAACCUCGGCGCGCACGCCAAGGCCGUCUCGGACGUGCGGUGGUUUCGGGGCCUGGACGACCCGAUCGACGGCCACCCGCCCGGCCCUGACGAAAAGGGCGCGCAGCAGCCCAAGAAGGCGGGCACGUUUUUCGUCUCUGGCGGGUUCGACGCAAAGAUUAAAAUCUUCUCGGCCGACAACUGGGGGUUGGUGCAGACGCUCAGCGGGCACUCCGGGCCGGUUGCCAGUGUCGAUGUUAGCAGGGACGGCAAGUGGAUUGUCAGCGGUGGCCACGACCGGACGGUCAAGCUCUGGGGCCGGAAUGAUGGCGAGGGAGUGUAA